AUGCUUAAGAAGGUGGAUUCUUCCAAUUCAUUUUUACAGGCUUACUUGAAAACUAUCAACCCCUCAGUUGAAAUUGGCAUUCUGUUGUCUCGAUCUGAGGAGGAUCCUUCCAAACAUUCUAUAUGUUCGAAAAAGGUGGAGGAGAGUCCUACGAAACCCAUUCAGGAGAAGAAGAAAACAAAGACUCCAAAGAGGAAACCAACAGACGAAGUCAUUGUUUCGAAGCCUGAGGCAACAACUGGUGCAACGCAGACUGAUGAACCUUCAAAGGAGGUGGUUCCUUCGAAAACUGGAGUGUUCAAGAGACUCAAGAAGAUUGCUCACAGGUCACGAAGCUCUUCUGAUAGAUCUCCAAGUUUUUCUCCAUCCAUGGAUCGAAAACCACAUGUUACGAGGAAAGGUGUGGUGAUUCGAGAAAUUCCAGUUCCUAUUUCACCUUUUUCAAAGAAGCAUAAAGCCGAAGAUAUGGCUAAACAGAUUUCAAUGAAGUAG